AGCAUGGAACAAGAUGGCAUAACAUAAGUACGACACCCACAAGUAAUAGAAAACAGAGAAAAGUAAACAGAUUCGUAAUAAAGCAUGAAACAAGGUAUCAUAACAAGAAUAAUACCCCCACCAAGAUGGCAAGGAAACAAGGACAGAAAAUUUUACAAUUUGGUCGAAUGGGAAAAUUUGAUAGUAGAGAAAAGUUACGGGGGGUUGGGCAUUAAAAAUCCGAAUGAAAUGGUUGUGGAAGUAUGCUAAUGAUAAGCAAAUAUUGUGGGGAAAGUCAUUGAAGACGACAAGUACGAGGAGGAAAACAAGUGGAUGACAAGGGAAGUAAGUACACUAUAUGGUGUGAACUUGUGGAGAUCUAUAAGGGCGUUGUGGGAUGAGUUCAAGAUCAGCACCAAGAUUAAAGUGAACAAACUUCUGGGUAGAUGAUUGGCAUGAGAUGGGGGGUUUUGAGGAAUAUUUAUCCAGACAUUUAUAACUUAAUGCUACAGCAACACAGGACCAUUGCAGAAAUGUGGACAACCGAAGGGUGGGAGAUCAAUUUCAGAAGACAAGUAAAUGACUGGGAAAUCACAAGAGUCGCAGAAUUUUUUAGCACUAUUGGCCAGUUUAAAGGUGCACAAGAAGGGGAAGAUGAACUUUGGUGGCCGGGUAGUGAAAAAGGAACCUUAAAGGUUGGCAAAGCAUAUAGGAGGAUGAACAACCUCAAUCACUGGAAUGUCAAAUGGCCCUGGAGAAUUAUCUGGAAGGCAGAACUGUUAAGCAUUUGUUCCGUCAUUGUGCAAUGACAGAAAUAUUAUGGAGGCUAUUCCUAAAUAUCAAAGGUUUGUCUUGGUCUACAUCCGGAAAGAUUACAGAGACCCUUCAAAGUUGGGAAGAAGCCGGGAUUCAGGCUAAAAGCAGAAGUAGAUGGAGAUUCAUACCAGCUAGCAUAUGGAGGACAAUUUGGAAAGAGAGGAGUGUUAGGUGCUUUAAGAAUGUAGAGAAUAGUAUAGAACAGAUCAAGUUGAAUUGUAUCUUGAUUCUGUGGUUUUGGUGUAAUCAGAUUUGGUCUAAUGAUCUUGUAUCUAUUAUUGAUGUGUUGGAUUCAUUGUAGACAUAGGAUCAUAGGAUUUAUCUUGUAAAUAUGGCCUCAGUACAGCCUAAGUACUGAUAUGUUUCUAUCAAUUUAUACAAAGUUCCAAAAAAAAAAAAAACCAUGUCAAAUUCAUGUAUCGAAAAAUAUAC